GGGCUCGAGGGCGGGGCCUCCCGCCCGGGGAGGGGCGCGGAGUCCGCGCGCGCCGGCCAUGCCGCGCUCCCGCCGAGCCGCGCGCCGUGGCCCCGGCAGCGCCCGGGCAGGCUCGCCCGCCAGUGAGGAGGAGGCCGGCAGCGAGGUGCUGAGCCACUGCAGCAGCGCCAGCGAGGGGGCCAGCCCUGCCGAGGAGGCUGCAGCAGGGAGUGAGGUGUUGGGUGAGCAAGGCCAGGAGGAGGUUGCAGAGGACAGGCUGAAGGAGCACAUGGACAGCCUCCUGGACAAGAGCGCCAAGACACGACAGGCGGCACUGCAGAGCCUCCACCUGGCCUUGUCCUCCAGAAUCCUCUCUGAGUUCCUGCUGGAGCGCCGCCUCAUGCUCACUGACUCCCUGGAGAAGUGUCUCAAGAAAGGUAAAGGGGAGGAACAGGCUCUGGCAGGCACAGUCCUCACCCUCCUCUGCCUCCAGAUGGGCUCUGGCUCGGAGGGUGAAGAGGUUUUUUGCAGCCUGAAGCCCCUGCUUGUCAGUGUCCUGACAGACAGCAUGGCCAGCCCCGGCGCCCGGCAGAGCUGUGCCACAGCGCUGGGCAUGUGUUGCUACAUUGCAGCUGCUGACCUUGAGGACCUGGUCUCAUGCCUGUCCUGCUUGGAGGGCAUCUUCAGCCCCCUCAGUGCAGGUGAGGGGGGCUCGGUGCCUGCUCAGCAUGGCCCUCUGCACUGCAGUGCGCUCCAGUCAUGGUCCCUGCUCCUCACCAUCUGCCCUCCCUCCCAUAUUAAGAGCAUCUUGGACAAUUGCUGGCUGAAGCUGCCCCCGCUGCUGUCCAGCAGCAGUGUUGCGCUGCGCAUCCUGGCUGGGGAAACCAUUGCGCUGGUCUUCGAGCUGGCCCAGGAUGUGGAGGAGGACUUGUGCCACCGAGAUACAGAGUUCCUGCGUGCCCAGCUCAAGGUCCUGGCUACUGAGAGCAACAAGUACCGAGCCAAGACGGACCGACGGAAGCAGCGGUCCAUCUUCCGGGACAUCCUGCGCUUCAUCGAGAGCGGGGAGUACCAGGAGGAGACCAUCCGAUUUGGCCUGGAGUGCAUGUGCCUGGACAGCUGGGCACGCCAGCGGACCUACCAAGCCUUUAAAGAGGUGCUGGGCUCUGGCAUCCGCCACCACCUCCAGAACAAUGAGCUGCUACGGGAGAUCUUCAGCCUCGGGCCUCCCUUGGUGCUGGAUGCAGCCACUCUGAAAGCCAGCAAGGUGUCUCGCUUUGAGAAGCACCUCUACAAUUCAGCUGCCUUCAAAGCCCGUACGAAAGCCCGGAGCCGGGUGCGGGACAAGCGGGCAGAUGUGCUGUGAUGGGCAGAAGGGGGCAGAGCCCCCAGCCCACCUGGACUGCAGACCCAGCACUGUGAGGGGCAGGUGCCCCUAGCCCUUGGGCUUUUAUUCAUGUACAGCAGAGUAUUUAAUGCCUGGAGCUGCCCUACCGGGGGUUGCCCCCUCUUUUAUUUUUUUAACCAAAAAAAAAAAAGGAUGAAAGAAGAGCAUGGGGGGGAGGUGGUGGGGUGCUGCUGUGUGCCUGCUCUGCAGCUGGGGCUCUGCGUGGCAUGGCAGGAAGGGGUCUCGCAGGGCUCCUACAGCCCCUUUCAGAGGCUGGGCUUGUGUUCCCCCUCCUUAGUCCCACGGGGGCACGGGGGUGGCCUGGCACAGCCUGAAGGGUGGGGUGGGAGGGCAGAGCCGUGCAGGGCUGUCAGGCAGCAGGCCCUGGUAUCUGUGCCUGCAACAGGAGUGCUCCGCUCUGCCAUGGUGGGCACAACCGCUGCUUCUGCAGCUGCCCUGGCACUUGGGGGUGGUGGCAGAGUGGCAUGGGGUGGCAGGCUCUGUGGAGCUCUGCCCAGCCCUGCCAGUUGCCUGCUCUGAGCCCUUUUCCAGCCAAAUGCUUUGUGUGAAAUAGUUCUCUUGUGGGAAAUUAAUUACAGGGGGUGACAUGGUGAGCAAGUUCUGGUGCUGCCUGUGCAGCCUCGGGGGCUGCUGCCUGGGUGGGCAUGAGGCCAUGCCAGCUGGGAGUGUCCGUUACCCCGGGAAUGUGUCUAUGGCGGUGAUUUUGUAAGACUUUGAUUACAGGAGGUAAUUAAAAGGCUAAUUGGA